AUGGGGCCCCUUGGCUGUGGCCUUCUUCUCGUUUGCGCGUCGUGGUUUGUGCGUCAAGGAGAAACUCACAAAACGUACGCAGACAUGUUCCAGCACAAACACUCCCCCUCGGGCUGGUUCCCCUUCCCCAUCCCCCCCAUCCCGGGCUGGGACCCCGACAGCGCCCCCUGGAACGACGAGCUGUACCCGCCCCUGUCCAGAGAGCUGCAGAGACACAGCGGUAAACCCAAGGUGGUUCUGACGAGCGACAGUCCGGCGCUGAACGGCUCCAGUGUGACCUUCACCGCCAAACUGCAGUACCCCCCCUGCCAGAAGGAGGGCGCCGACGGGGAGCCGCUGUGGGACGAGCACUGCGAGGACGGUACGGAGCUGGAGGCCUCAGCCAACGGGCAGGUGCGCUCCGGGUACGUGUACAACUGGACUUCCUGGUUGGAGGAUUAUGGGUACGGGAAGUGCCUGGACUCAAACCAGUGCAACGUGUUUCCUGACGGGAAGCCUUUUCCUCAGAGCAACGACUGGAGGCACAAGAACUACGUGUACGUGUGGCACACCAGAGGUCAGUACUAUGAGACGUGUGACGGUUCGUCGUCGAGUCUGAGCCUGAACACGAGCUCGUUUCCUCUGGGGGCCGAGGUGAUGGAGGUUCUGGUUUACAGACAGAGAGAGAGGAGGAAGUACAGCCCCCUGACCACAGACUCCGCCGUCUACCACAUCACAGAUAAGAUCCCGGUGUCCGUGAGCUUGUCUCAGAAGUCGGCGGUGAACAUGUCCGACGGCGUGUUCUUCCAGGGGGAGGAGCUUCUGUUCCAGGUGAAACUGCACGACCCCAGCGAGUACCUGAAGACCGCCGCCUCCGUCGACUUCCUCUGGGACUUCAGGGACGGCAACCAGCUGGUCACCCACCGGGAGACCAUCACCCACACCUACAGCACCCCGGGGAGACGCAGCGUGAAGAUGGUGGUGGAGGCGGCUUUCCCCGUCGAGUGCCCCCCCUCUGCCGCCACCGCCACCCCCCGAGUGCCCUCUGCAGCACCCACCCGCCACCCAGGUACAUCUGCAGCACCCACCGCCACCCAGGUACAUCCGCAGCACCCACCCGCCACCCAGGCACAUCCGCAGCACCCACCCGCCACCCAGGUACAUCCGCAGCACCCACCCGCCACCCAGGCACAUCCGCAGCACCCACCCGCCACCCAGGUACAUCCGCAGCACCCACCGCACCCACAUCCGCAGCCCACCCGCCACCCAGGCACAUCCGCAGCACCCACCCGCCACCCAGGCACCCCUUCAGCCACAGCUGCACAACCCCGCCCAGCACCAGCAGCCCGCCGCCCCCCUCUGCCCCCCUCCCCCUCCUCCUCCACCCCCGGGCUCUUCUCCACGGAGCCCCUCCCCCCGACGCCCGGCCCCUCCACCACGGGCCCCUGGCUCCACAGACGCCGCCACAACGUCAACGCCAACGCCAACGUCAACGCCAACGUCAGCCAGUGCUUCCGCUACGUCCACGGCGCCUUCAACGCCAACAUCACCAUCGUCGAGCCGAAACCCGCUGUGAGGACGUGGCCCGAGAAUAAAAUCAUCGAUGUGACGGCGGCUCGAGAAACCAAGACCGACGUCAGCUUCACGGUCAAGUGUGUGGGCAGUCCUCCCACGUCGGCCUGCACCAUCGUGUCCGACCCGAGCUGCUCCCAGGUCCAGAGCAUCCUGUGUGACGACGUGCCUCCCUCUCCGCGCUGCCUCGUGCUCCUGCGCCGGAGCUUCCCCGAGCCGGGCACCUACUGCGUGAACAUCACCCUGGAGGACAGCAGGAGCAUGGGCCUGGCCAGCACCACCGUCACCAUCAACAAGGCCCAGGAGCCUCCAGCUCCACAGCGCCCCCACACUGCAGAGGUGGUCAUCUCCUCCAGCGCCGUCCUCACCGCGCUCUUUGCUUUUGUGGCUUUCAUGGUUUACAGGCGUUAUCGUGUUUAUCGACCCGUGCGCCGGAUCCUGGUGGACGACGCCCUGAGCCCCGCCCGGGUCAGAGGUCACAUGAUCCGCUUCCGGGACUCGCUGUUCCCCCAGAGCGAGGAGAGCGUGCACCUGCUGACCCCGCCCUGCCCGCUGUAG